CUUAUUAUUAUUGUGUAGUUUCGUGAAAAUAUUGAUUGAUUUCUGUUAUUUUUAGCUGUCUAGUUUUGAAUGCUUAUCUGUUUAUUCUUUAGCUUAAGUAAACUGAUAGUACCUGUGAUUAUGUGUUAUAAAACGUUAUUUUUCUCUACCCUUUUGUGAAUAGCGCCUUUUUUUAAAUACUAGUUAAUGUUGUGUCAAAAGAAUGGGAAAUACUAGUAAAAAGUUAGCAGCGAAAUGCACAUUGCUAACGAAAGAGGAGCAAAAGUAUGUUGCUGCAACAUUCCGGGCGGCCAGCAAGAAUUCGGAGAGGAUACGUGAGGACGAUCUGAUAGUGAGUGGAAAAGUAGAUGCUGUGUCAUUAGAAAAAUUCUGGGGCCCUCAAAUAGAUCCUCGUUUAGCGCAGUAUCUUUCAAAUUUCCUGUUUGGUUCCGGGCAACAGAAAUCGCCGUCAGUCGACUUCAAUAGAUUCGCAGAACUGUACGUCUAUAAUGUAAGAGGUACAGUCGACGAAAGAAUGAUGGUGAUAUACAAUAGUCUUGGGAAAGAUUACAACGACACCGUCGAGUUGCCUUAUCAGUUAUUGAAAGAAUAUUGCGAAAGUAUUGCGUCAACGUAUAUAAAGAUAUUGAAAGCGUGUAGUAUGCGUCGCGUGCGCACGUGGAUAGAGAAGGGAUUCAGGGGGCGCGCGUCGCACGUGCAAGCUCUAGGGGAGACCGUGGCCGCCACCCUCGGAGGGGACCUGGACUCUCCUCACCACCACUGUUCCGCGGAACAGCUGGCAAAGUGGCUAGAAACGAACAUUUUGCUUAAACAAUUGACGGAAUUAGUGUUUGUUAAUUUGUAUGGAAUCAAUAAGAAGGCGGGUGACGAGAGCCCCACGCCGUUGCCGGCAUCGAUGCCGUGUCUGCUACCUCUACCUGAAGGUUUAGACGCGAUGCCUGAUUACCCCGCGUUCAUAGAUUUGUCCCACAUCGUGUGGCUGAACAGUCAUCUUCCCCAGAAGCAUCAACAUAAGUGGAGAUUCCUCUUCUCCUCGCAUAUACACGGCGAAUCUUUCUCCACUAUGGCAGGUCGCAUCCAAGAGCAAGGCGCAUCUAUCCUUAUAAUAGAGGACAACAGUGGAUACAUAUUCGGUGGAUACGCGCCCUAUCCCUGGUCUAUCGGACCUAACUUCGUGGGGACGGACGACUCGUUCCUGUUCACGCUCGCGCCCAAGAUGAGAGCGUACCCGUCCACUGGGUACAAUAACCAUUACCAGUAUAUAAAUCAUCACACGAAGACACUGCCUAAUGGACUGAUUAUGGGUGGUCAGUUUGAAUUUGGUGGUAUAUGGGUGAAUGCUGAUCCGUUCGGUGAAGGGUCCUCCGCAGAAUCAUGUAGUACGUACCGCGGGUACAAGCGACUGUCGAAAGAACCCACCUUCCAUAUACGCAGUCUUGAAGUGUGGGGUGUAGGGGACAAGCCUGAACUGAUCAAAGAUGAGGAUGAACGAGACGUGAGUGUUCUAGACACAAAUCCCGAAGCCAAAGCCAUACUAGAGUUAGCCGGACGCACACGGCACUCCGAGGGAAUCCGUGAGCCGCCACCCUUAUAAUUACAUCAAAUACAUUAGUACAAUUAUACAUUUGGUCACAUAAAUGCAAUGUCCCAAUUAGCCAGCGAAUCCAACAUAAAUUUAACUGGCUACAACUGUU